AUGACGGAUAUGGAUGCAAUUCUAAGCAGGUUGUCAGCAAUACAAAAGGGAUAUAUUGAGGAUCCCUACACUGAGCUUUUCGUUGGUCGGUUGAGUAGAUCACAACAAGUACCUCGACCACCUGUCAUAAACAGGGGAACGCAUAUAAGAACAUACGCAAUCGACAAUGUUAUCAACCAGUUCCUAUCAUCCACGUCGAGAGCUCAGAUCAUCAGCCUAGGAUCUGGUUCUGACACCAGGUUUUGGAGGUAUAGCGGUGAUGAUAGAAUAUUCAAGUACAUUGAGGUUGAUUUCGACGAAUUGACAUCGAGAAAGAUUAUGCAUAUACGUAAAAGUGAUGUUUUGUCUAGCAAAUUGGAUGAAGAUGUUGUCAUAGAAGCAGGCGGAUCAAGAUUACUCAGUAACAGAUACAAACUUCUACCAACUGAUUUGAGGACAGCUGAUCUGAAUGCGUUGAUCAAUCCACACGUCAACCAUGAUAUACCUACACUAGUUUUAUGUGAAUGCGUCUUAGUGUACAUGCCACAAGAUGCAUCAAAUAGGAUAUUGAGAUGGCUUGGACAAUCUUUCAAUGAUGUGUUAGUACUAGUCUAUGAAAUGACAGGCAUUGAUGAUAAAUUUGGGCAAACAAUGCUAAGAAACUUGAAAGCUAGAGGUGUGGAGUUACCAGGAGUGUCAACAUACGACAAAGACAAGUACAUCGAAGCAGGGUUAACAAAAAGCGAUACCAGAGACUUGGAAUACAUACGUAAUACUUUGGUGUCUACGAAAGAGAAAGAAAGGAUAUCGAAGUUGGAGAUUCUUGACGAAAUAGAAGAGCUAUCGUUAAUAUUGCAACACUACUCGAUUAGCUGGGGUAUGAAAUCUAUUAACAACACGAUUAAUGUACACUUAUAA